GGAUCACGUGAAUAAACACGGCGCCCCUUGAGGAACAGCCGCGCAUGCGUUGAUGGGGCCGGCAGUAGUUAAUGACCCAGGUGCCGGGGAGCCGUUGGAUUCAUGAUGUUGCAAACCGAGGCUUGUACAUUUGCCUCUUGUUAUUCAAGCUGAUCAACUGAUGUAAUAGUAGAACAUUUGGAGAGAACCCUCAUGCCAUUUGGUAGAAGAAUAUGAGUGGGUCAAAGCCAGACAUCCUGUGGGCUCCUCACCAUGUGGACAGAUUUGUUGUUUGUGAUUCUGAACUUUGCCUCUAUCGUACUGAAUCAGUAGGAAAUUUUGAAGCUAAAGCUGGUUCUUUGAGACUCUCAGAAGAUACCACAGCCACAUUGCUGGCAAUUAACUCUGACACUCCCUAUAUGAAAUGUGUUGCCUGGUAUCCUAAAUAUGACCCAGAGUGUUUACUUGCUGUUGGUCAAGCCAAUGGACGUGUUGUCCUUACUAGCCUUGGUCAAGAUCGCAAUUCUAAAUGCAGAGAUUUGAUAGGAAAGGAAUUUGUUCCUAAGCAUGCUCGUCAGUGUAACACAUUAGCUUGGAACCCUGUGGACAGCAAUUGGCUUGCUGCUGGACUGGACAAACACAGAGCAGAUUUCUCAGUACUCAUCUGGGAUAUCAGCAGCAAAUAUACACCAGAGAUAGCUGUCCCAGCAGAGAAGGUUCGUCUUUCUGCUGGUGAUACUGAUGCUGGCCUUGUUGUAACAAAGCCUUUGUGUGAGCUGGGACAAAAUGAUGCAAGCCUCUCUCUUUGCUGGCUCCCAAGAGACCAAAAGCUCCUGCUGGCAGGCAUGCACCGCAAUCUUGCAAUUUUUGACUUGAGAAACACCAGCCAAAAAAUUUUUGUCAAUACAAAAGCCGUUCAGGGUGUAACUGUUGAUCCUCACUUCCAUGACCGUGUAGCAUCUUUCUUUGAAGGUCAAGUGGCAAUCUGGGACUUAAGGAAGUUUGAAAAGCCAGUACUGACACUGACUGAGCAACCAAAACCACUAACAAAAGUGGCGUGGUGUCCAACUAGAACUGGUUUAUUAGCUACAUUAACAAGAGAUAGUAAUAUAAUUCGCCUGUAUGAUAUGCAGCACACUCCAACACCUAUUGGGGAUGAAACGGAACCCACCAUAAUAGAAAGAAGUGUACAACCAUGUGAAAACUACAUUGCCUCCUUUGCUUGGCAUCCAACAAAUCAAAACCGUAUGGUUGUAGUGACACCUAACAGAUUGAUGACAGAUUUCACUGUCUUUGAGCGAAUAUCACUGGCUUGGAGUCCAACUACUUCUCUCAUGUGGGCUUGUGGAAGACACUUGUAUAACUGCAGUGAAGAAGGAGAAGCUAGUUCUGGAGAGAAAGAUGUUGCUACAAAAAUGAGGCAGCGGGCAUUAUCGAGAUAUGGACUUGACACAGAGCAAGUAUGGCGAAAUCAUUUAUUGGCAGGCGAUGAUGACCCACAGCUGAAGUCUUUAUGGUACACUCUGCAUUUCAUGAAACAAUAUGCUGAAGAUGCAGAUCAGAAAUCUCUGAACAGAGUGCCUCUCGUAUACUCUGGUAUUAAAACAAUAGUGAAAUCCAGUACAGAAAGAAAGACAGAAAAUUAUAAACAUGGCUGGACUGGGUGUGAUCGGCAGAUGGAUUUUAUCAGAUACCAAAGCGAGGAGCGAAGCUUGGCUCUGCAACUUUGUGGUUGGAUACAGAAAGGGCCAGACAUUGAUGUGGCUCCCUUCCUGAAUUCAUUAGAGGAAGGAGAAGAAUGGGAACGUGCGGCUGCUGUUGCACUUUUUAACCUUGACAUUCGAAGAGCUAUAGAGAUUCUAAACAAGGGAGCUGCUUUGGGAAAAGGAGAUUUAAACCUGAAUGUUGUAGCUAUGGCACUGUCAGGUUACACAGAUGAAAAGAAUUCUUUGUGGCGAGAAAUGUGUAGCUCCUUGAGACUGCAGCUAAAUAAUCCUUAUCUAUGUGUCAUGUUUGCCUUUUUGACAAGUGAACCAGGGUCAUAUGAUUGUGUGCUGUAUGAGAGCAGUGUAGCAGUACGUGAUCGAGUGGCUUUUGCUAGCAUGUUCCUAAAUGAUUCCCAGAUCCUUCGGUAUAUUGAUAAAUUGACAAAUGAAAUGAAAGAGGCUGGAAACCUGGAAGGAAUCCUUUUAACAGGCCUAACCAAGGAUGGGAUUGACCUGAUGGAGAGUUAUGUAGAUAGAACUGGUGAUGUGCAGACAGCAAGUUUCUGCAUGUUACAGGGCUUUCCAAGUGAUGUUGUGAAAGAUCCCAGAGUCCAAUAUUGGAUAGAGAAUUAUAGAAACUUACUUGAUGCUUGGAGGUUUUGGCAUAAGAGAGCUGAAUUUGACAUCCAUAGGAGCAAGUUGGACCCAUUUUCUAAACCUCUUGCACAGGUGUUUGUGAGCUGCAACUUCUGUGGAAAGUCAAUAUCAUAUAGUUGUUCUGCCAUGCCACACCAAGGACGAAGUUUCAGUCAAUAUGGUGUUAGUGGUUCUCCGACGAAAUCAAAAGUCACAAGUUGUCCAGGAUGUCGUAAACCUCUUCCCCGUUGUGCACUUUGUCUUAUAAAUAUGGGAACUCCGGUUUCAAGUUGUCUAGGAACUGGAAAGUCUGAUGAAAAGGUUGAUCUCAGUAAAGACAAGAAAUUGGCUCAGUUCAAUAACUGGUUUACUUGGUGUCAGAACUGUCGUCAUGGAGGUCAUGCUGGUCAUAUGCUCAGUUGGUUCAGGGAUCAUCAUGAAUGCCCAGUGUCAGCCUGUAACUGUAAAUGCAUGCAGUUGGAUACAACUGGAAACCUCAUCCCAGCAGAAACAUCCCAGAGCUAAAACGCAUGAAUACAAGGGACUGUUGUCUUUGAAAACCUUCAUGUGUAUCUUCUGAGCAACUGUUGCUGUCAAAAUAAUACAAAAGAACUUCCAUCAUGGCAGUUUGUCUGUCUGAAUGAUUUUUGUGUUGUAUAGCAGAAAUGUCCUUGAGUGUCAUGGUUUUGGAGCUGGUCCAGUUCAUUUCAAGAUUUUUCUGGAAUUGACUUGAGAUUCUGACCAUCGUUCAAGAAAUGCCAUGGAUGAUACUGAAAAUGGUCCUUGAACUUGCCUCUAGAAAUGAACCAAUAUUCGUAUUUUGUCUCUAAUAGUCAUUUUAACUUGAGAACAACUGAAUGAGACACUUCACAAAUACUGCUUGGAUUCACCUUGUACAAAUUUAAACAAGCUUGUUUUUCAGUUCUGGGAAAUUAGUAUUAUUGAACAUAGAGAAUAUGCCAUAAAACGUGGUAUUAAGCAAAUUCAAAAAAUUGGUUAUUAUUCCAUUAUAAUUUAUUUCACUUCAUAUUCUGAAUUUCCAUAUAAUUCUAAAUGCUGCAAAGAGGAAUAUCUGUACACUUCUGUUUUGCACAUCAGUACUGAUGAGUUAAAUUCUCUCUUCCUGUGAUGUCAUUAAAGACUAUAAACCUGUGAUUCACUACCUUUAUUAAAUUUAGAGUAUACUGUCUAUUCAUUUCUAUGCAGGUAUAUUGGAGGCAUAUGGUCCUUUACUAAAGCAAUAACUAUUUAGAUAACUACUAAUUCAUGAUCUAAAAUCAGGUUCAACUUGGCAGUUUAAUUGUUAAAAUCUAAUAUGGCUGUGGCCACAUUCAUGAAAUUUUGACAAAUAAAUUAUCUAGUAAUGUGCAAAAAUACUGGAUGUAUUAGUUUACUUGAGUUGUGAAAAAGUAAUCUGCACAAUGUGUAAACUUCAUUUACUGUUCAUAUUACUUCUCAUGUGUCUGCCUAAAACCAAAGGUGUUCUAUUUUUAACUGGUGUCUCAAAUUUGUAAAUAAAGUGUGCAUGUUUUCUCAAA